CCAUGUUUUUGUUCUUCGACACCUUUCUCUUCUAAAUCUGGUUUCUGCCUUGAAGUUCAAUGCAAAUCUGGAUAAUUAACAUUUAUGUGUGGUCACUGUACAACAAGGAAUGUAGACGCUAGUGAACACCACCUUCUGCAUUAAUCAUUUGCAAGAAAGAUGCAGCUGUUUAGAUAAAUAUUACCUUGUUCCAAAUUGAUUUAUUAGAUGAAAGAUGGCCAUGCUAUGUCUGGGAGCUUUCUCCUGCUGGUUCGAGUUAUUGGCCUCCUUCCACAACCUGAGAGAAAAUGCAGACCUAUGUAAUGAUUGAUUGUUUUCUCUUCCCACCAAUAUUGGGUGUUAAUUACACAUGCUUAUUUUGAGUAUAGUAUACAUUGUCUGUAGUGUGUAAAUGGUACACAUUUAAUUUCAAAUCCAUGUCAAUAAAACAUUAGAAAAUGAAUUCCAGCGUAAGUAAGAACGCCAUGCACAUUAAGGUGAGCCUAUGAUUCGAAUCCAGUAUGCUUUUCGUCAAAUUCAGCAAAUUGCUCCUCGCGGGUGUUCUGGCACAGAACUGCCACCCUGUGUUAAUUCGUGGGCAUUGCAGCAGAUGAAAUAUUUGACGUACACGCAGAUGUCGACGUGGCAAUGAUGUCAUGUGUACGACAAGGACCCGGAUCAAAAUACACGACGAAACCAACAGGAGGUAAUUCCGGUGAUGUGUGAGAGGCCUCAUGAAUACUCGCCGCCGCCACGGAACUAGGAAUAAUGAAGACGGGGUGUAUCAUGGGCCGUCUCUGACCCAGCCACAGCUCCUCCAACAGGCUGAUGCCCCGCUCUCUACCUCUCUGCCCCUUGCCCCCCCGGUUGAUCUCGGUGGGGCAUCCUGCCGGGACCGUACCACUGAGUUCCAGUCUGUGUUGCGAUCCCUGCUGGCACGACAGAAUGGCAUCCAGACCAGUAAACCAGCCCUCAGUGCAGUCAGACAACGCAGUGACUUCACUCUUAUGGCAAAGCGUAUUGGGAGAGACUUGAGUAAUACUUUUGCUAAGCUUGAAAAGCUGACAAUACUUGCCCAAAGGAAAUCUCUUUUUGAUGAUAAGGCUCCCGAAAUUGACGAGUUAACUUAUAUUGUGAAACAGGACAUCAACAGUCUAAAUAAGCAGAUAGCCCAACUGCAGGAGCUGGUGCGCUCAAGAAGUCGUCAGAAUAGUCGACACCUGCAGACGCAUUCCAACACAAUUGUUGUGUCAUUACAGUCAAAGCUGGCAGCCAUGUCAAAUGACUUCAGGUCGGUAUUGGAGGUCAGAACAGAGAAUCUGAAAGAGCAGCACAGUCGCAGAGAGCAAUUCUCUCCGGCCCCAGCUCACUACUCGCCCAACACAUCCUCACCUCUGCAGGGCAACAACUUCAAUGCAGGAAACUCCUUACUAAUGCAAGAUGACUCCAAGAGGCCAGGCGAUGUGUCUAUAGACAUGGACUUCCGUGCUAGUCAACAGAUGCAGCUUGUAAAUGAACAGACCUCCUACAUUCAGAGUCGGGCAGACACCAUGCAGAACAUCGAGACGACCAUCGUGGAGCUGGGCUCCAUCUUUCAGCAGCUGGCCCACAUGGUGAAGGAGCAAGAGGAGGUGGUGCAGAGGAUUGAUGCCCACGUCGAAGAUACCCAGUUCAACGUGGAGGCUGCACACACGGAGAUCCUUAAGUACUUCCAGUCGGUGUCUGCCAACCGCUGGCUUCUCAUCAAAAUCUUCCUCAUCCUUAUCAUUUUCUUUAUCGUCUUUGUUGUCUUCUUAGGCUGAAGGUUUGGAAUGAUUUUGAUAUAUGAUGAGGAUAAGGGCUGGAAAAAAGGGACGAUGAGAGGAAGAGGGAGAUGAUGAAAGGACAGAGCAGGAGGGGUGGGAUUGGCAGAGGAUCUGUCCAAGUUUCUGUCUAACCUCCUCUGCCAUCACACCCUCACCAGGUGAAAUGCUCACCUGGUUCUGCUUAGCUGUCCGGUGCUGUCCUGUGCAUUCACACAGAUCUGAAUGAUUUUGAUAAUCUAAAAGCGAUUCUCAGUUUUGAUUUGGUUUAAUUCUUCUUUCCGGUCGUACUGUUUACCGUCUAAAGUUGGACCACGGAAAGUACAGUGUGGGUAAUGUAGUUUGAACAGAACAGAGAGUGUGUGGGUAAUGUAGUUUGAACAGAACAGGGAGUGUGUGGGUAAUGUAGUUUGAACAGAACAGGGAGUGUGUGGGUAAUGUAGUUUGAACAGAGAGUGUGUGGAUAAUGAGUAAUCAGCCUGCACUAGCCAUGUCAUUUAUCUUGAUUUGGCAUUAUUAUGAAAUAUUUCAGAUCUGGCUCUCGGACUUUAGUUUAUUUUUACCGAACAUCAUUAGUCCUCCAUUAUAAAUAUAUAUUUAACAGUUUUCAUGUCUUCACUGGGUUCAGUUCUAAUUCAGGGCCAUUUUUGUUGGUUUGGAAAAGAAGAUUUCUGAGUUUUUUUUUUUUUUUUUUUUUUUUUUUUUUUUUCCUGAGGGAGCAGUAUUGGAUUUGAGAAUCACAACCCUAUUUCUUCACUCUUUGGAUCUUUGUUCAGCCAGCACUUUGAUUACACCAUCUGAGAUAGGAUUGCACAUUGCCUAAACCCUGGGUUAAUUCAUUUUCUUUUUUUCUUUUUCUUUUUGAUCACCACCUCAAUUUCAGAAUAAUGAUAAAAGAGGCCGGUGCUCUAAAUAGGACUAUCAUGGUUUAACAGUACGGCUGUUACUGAUCCCUCUGUAUUAUCUCUGAGUCAUGCACACCCACUGUCAGCAGGAUUAAGGUUAUUAGGGCGCAGAUAAAAACUUUUGGUAGAUUACAGUGUGGGAAAAGUUUGUAAACAGUGUGGCCGGCCAGGCUCCAUGUAUUUGCCAAGCAUUUGGCUGUGUGUUUAUAACGGUAAUUAAAAGCUGAUUUGCUGAGUGGCACACCAGACUCCUCCUCCCUGUCCUCCUGGGAGAGCUGAUGUCAGGAGGAUGGUUUGAUGUAAUUUCUGUAGACGAAUCAAAUGUUGAGUGUGUGUAUGUAUUUGUAUGUAUGUGUUUAGUCAAUACAAUCACGUUAGUCAAGUUAGUCGAGUUCCCAUUCCUAUAAUGUUUUCUGGCGCUUUCUACAGUGGAGAGCAAAUGUAAUUGUCAUCCUCUGUUGUUAUGACCAGGUAAUAAGAGAAUCGGUCAGUUCCUUCUAUGUUUUCUCAUUGGAAAGAGUGUGUGUAUAAUGAAUGUGUCAGAAGAGAACCAUGAACGUUUUUUUUAUUAAAUCCAACUUUACAUAUUGUAAAUGAUAUAUUGAAUAAGUGAAAUCAUGCUUAAUUUUAAAAUGUGAACCUGUUCUUACUUCUGAUAUCAUAAUUAAGCAGUCAGAUGCACAAAGCAGUAUACUGCCAGGAUAUUUGAAACCAAAUAAAGAUAUUGCUGUAAAAAAGAAA